AUGUCAAACUUUAUAAAUAACAAGGGGGAGAACAAUGGUGGAUGGACGCAGUCAUCUACAAACUUAAAUGCCAUGGCCAGUACCAACAUGAUUCCGAGUGAAAGUACAUCCAGCAACAUCGAUAUUAUGUCUAGAUUCUCCUUUGGAUCUCCUUCGAAAUCUAGUUUCCCGAGUUUAUCAUUUUCAUCGUAUCACAAUUCUAAUCAACAACAGUUAGGAAGUCCCUUAGAUUCAACUCGGCGUCCAAGUGGGAACCAAUCCAGAGUUUCCCAUAUGUACAAUAAUUCUUUGCUCAAUUCAACAGGCUCAAACAAUACUUACCAUUUACAGGGUAUAAAUAAUGAAUACAACCAUUCCCGACAAACUUCAACAUCUCCACAAAUACCAACAGCACCGCACUUUGUCAAACCAUUGGUACCGACAGAACGGAUGUAUUUCCAAGCCUCAAGUGAAAUUUUAGCUUGUGAUAGAUCAUGGGAAACUCCCAACCUGAUAGCUAUAGCGACACCAAGGAAUCUCCAAUUAUUGAAAGUGUCAACCACAGAUAUAAGUUUGGAGACGGAUUUAGUGAUUAAACAGAAUGGUAGAAAGAAAAUCAGUACAAUCAGCGAUUUGGCCUUUGGACACCAGAAUUACGGAAGGUACCUUGCAGCAUCCACAAUAACUGGCUCCAUAUCUAUCUAUCAUUUUGAUAGAGGUACAAGAGUGAAGACAGUAUUGAGUGGUCAUAACCGUGCUGUCAAUACCAUAGAUUUCAACCAUAUCAAUUCCAGUUUGCUUGCCAGCGGAUCACAGGAUGGUAAAAUACACAUUUGGGAUAUUAAGACAAGUAGCUCAAAACCGGCCAUGACUUUGAAUUGCAAUGCAGAUGCAGUUAGAUGCUGCAGCUUUCAUAAUAAGAAGCAAAACACAUUAGCUGCUGUUUUUGAUUCCGGCGUUGUGGAAAAAUGGGAUUUAAGAAAGACAAAUACUUGGGAGAGAAGGAUAAAUGCCCACACCGGCCCUGCACUAACAGUGCAUUGGCAUCCUGAGCUAGACUACAUUGUCACCGGUGGUAGAGAUAAGCAACUACAGGUAUGGAAUUUGGAAGGCUCAAACGAUAUCAGAGAGCCGUCUCAUGUGAUAAAUACUACAGGUCCAAUAUCAAAGGCGAGAUGGUGUAAAGGCAGAGGAAAUGGAUCGAUUAUGAACACGGAUAUUGCCGUAUCUUAUUUCAAUGAUGAUCCAAAUGUUCAUAUCUGGAACCUGAAUAGAAAGUUUAUCCCGAAAUCAAUAAUAGAUGGGCAUUCUGCUCAAAUCACUCAAAUAUUAUGGAGAACUCCUAAGCAUUUGAUCAGCUGUUCGAAGGAUAAGACCCUUAUUCAGUACGAUGUUACCAAGGAAAAAGAGUUUAUAGAAAACAUACCUAAUGGGGCAAUUGCAUGGAGUCCCACUAAUACAGUGGACUUUGCCUUUGUUAAACAAACCAAGGCCCAAUUCCAAGGGCCAUUCAACAUGUCUGCCAAUGCUUCUAGAGCUGCCACUAAUGAGUUGAAUCCUGUGGAUGAAGCCGACCAAUCAAAUGUGAGCGUGGGUAGUAGCAACAACUCCAACCAGAAUGUAGGUAAUAUAGGCAUAAAUACAGCUACAAAUGAGAACAGCGGUAUGCAGUUAUAUGAGAUGCUAAGCAAAUCACCCGGAAAUGGGAAUUCCGUGGGCGGAUCAUCCUCUCUGCAGAAACACAAACAAGGUUUAUCAAGGCAGCCGUCGUACAUAAACAAAGCACAAAUUCCCACACCCAAGAAUCUACCGCCACCUGCAUGGAUAACGCCUGUUCAUGUCCCACUUUUAUCUAACGAUCUGGAGAAGCUCCAUUUUCUGUCCACCAACUAUCUAAUCAGAGUACCCCCUAGUUCUGACAUAACUGAAGUUUGUGAGUUUAAUUCCAUGGUGGCGGCAUCAGUUGGCCUUUUUCGAGACUCGCAAACCUGGAAGUCAAUUCAAAUGGCCAUUAAUUUGGACGAAGAGGUUAAACACAGUAUUAUUGCCGAGGAGAAGCUGAAAAACUUUACUUUUGAAAAUAGCAAUAAGGUGCCGUACAGUCGUUCAGAUAGUCAACUCGGCUCUUCCUUCAAUUCUGCCAGCGAAUUGGUGGGCCAUAGGAGGAGAGAAAGUAAAGAUACCAGUGGAUGUAGUUUCAAGGAAAGCGAACUAUCCAUGACGUACGGUAGCGAGCCGUAUGAGUUCACAAGGGGAGAUGAGAGUGCGAUUAUUGAUGAAGAAGAUGCCAAGAAUGAAGUUCAAACGGACACCGAAGGGAGGGAAGACUCUGGUCGGAAGCUUGUAAACGGUGGGGAAGACGAAAACCAUACUGAUAAAGGUAAUACAAGUGAAUCACAGUCGACGAGAAGUAAGGUAGGUAGUGUCCGUGAGAAACUUGACCAAGUAAAUCUUGGGACACCCAGCUUACCAUUUCCCCAAGCGAGCCGACGUGGCUCGCAUGCGGCGAUUAGCAGAUACAGAUAUUCAUUUACAGGGUCUUCGAUUGAUCUGGAUGACGAGAAACAUGGUUCACCGUUGUCUCUUGGGGGAUCUCCCAUAUUGAGUAGAUCUAGGUCCAGGUUAAUCCUGCAGAACUUCAACGCACGCAAUAUUGAGGAAACCAUUAUGCCACACAUUAACAAAGUCGAUACAAGGGCAAGCAAGAUUUCCGAUGCCAAAAGUCAACUAACGGCCAUCAUGAAGGAAGAGCAAAACUCGACUCUUACCUCAACGCAGGUGGCCUCUACUAGCAAAGAAGAUGGCGAUGACGCUAGCAGCGGCCAGAAGGACCGAUUGGUUGUUCCUUGGAACCCAACGGACAUGAUCAAGAAGGCCUGUGAGUAUAGUUCAGAGCAGGGCGAUGUCUUGAUGUGUGCCACCUUGUCAUUGCUAUUUGAGAGAAGCUAUCCGGCAGCAUUUUCCAAAAUGCAAGCUGAAGAGUGGAUUUACACUUACCACGAGUAUCUUCUAAGAUGCGGAUACUUCAACAAUGCUGCCACAAUUCUCAGGAUUGCAUGUGAGAGCCACGAGAGUUUCAAGAAGAUCGGACAGACGAAAACCUCCGUAAGACUGUUAUGUUGUCAUUGCCAGAAGCCGCUUUUAAACGAGAGGAGCAGAGAAAAAUACAAAAAGAACCUAAACAGGCAAUUAGACAGCGGCGACGCCGAUGUGUACAGGGUCGACUUUGGGUUUUGGUACUGCGAUCGAUGUCGCCGAUUACAAGGACAGUGUUGUUACUGUGUCGAACCAAUCAAGGGGAAUGCCGUUGCUCUGAUUGGAUGCGGCCACGAGGGCCAUUUUGGGUGUUUCCGGACAUGGUUUCUUGAACAGGGAGAGACAGAGUGUCCCUCCUGUGGCACAACUUGUAUACACUAA